AGACGCGUCGGACGCGGCGGGACGCGCUUUAUUCCCUUGGAACAAUUAAACACGAAUUCACCAAUGAGCAUGGUCGCGAGAACCCUAACCCUGACAUGGUAUGCCAGCAGCUCUUCCGGCAGCUCAGGGGGUGGACUCUUGUGCUUUGGCUUAUUCUCCAACCACAAGCACUUGGCUUUCAUAAUACAUGAAUAUCCAACUGGGGCUAUAAUACUAUACGGAGUACUGUGCCCUCUCUUUCCUUUUUCUGUGAUGUCUUGCAAGCGAGGAACAUCUGGCAUCUGGUAUGACAAUGAUACACUGGGCGAAAUGCCUACGGCUCCCCGUAUAUCGAGCCCGAACUCCAAAAUCAGAAUGGAGGUAAAUUGCGCCUCGAGGUCGAGGCUACUCGUAGUGUCCAAGUUCCCAGCCGCCGGCACUUUGAGAUACGUAAGAUUCUCAGCGCGGUGUGCUCAACAUCGGCUUCAACUCGAUCUCCUCUGGUUAGAGAACCCGAACCCGGGGUAGCUUAGCGCUACCGUGACGCUGGUUGGAACGGAGGCUGAUUUGUGGUCGUGUUAACCAUGAAGUUCAUAAAUUCUCGUACAGCCUUCAGUCCGGCUCCGAAUACUGGUGGUGGGACUGAGAGCGCUA